AUGGCGAUGGAUCAACUUAAUAGAGAAUUAUUAAAACUGCUUUCACUUGGAAAUGCCAAUCAAAAUAGCAUUAUUAAGCGAUUUGAUGAAGUUGCCAAAAAAUUUGGAACUUACAGCUUAGUAAAAUGGCGAGAUUUAUCAAAUAAUAAGAAAAAUUCUUUACUGCACGAAUUAGUUGACAGAAAAUUACCUGAUGUACUUCAUCAUGUUGUUAGAAACUAUGAAUUAGAUAUAAAUAUUAGACGUGGGUCGGAUGGUCUCACACCUUUACAAUUGGCUUCACUGAAUAAAGAUCAGCUUAUGUGUAAUCUUUUGAAACAGCUUGGUGCCAGUGAAAUAGAGACUGAAGAUGUAUCGAGAUGGUUGUCUGAUGAAGAUAAAGAAAAAUCAAUGAAUAUUGUAUGGAUUGAUUUAGAAAUGACUUCUAUUGAAGAACCUGAAAUUUUAGAAUGUGCUGUUAUUAUUACCGAUAAGGAUCUUCGUGAACUAGAUCGAGGUAGUUGGGUUAUUCAUUUUGAUCGAUCCGUAUUAGCGGGACUUGGUCAAUGGCAUCAGGAUACAUUUGCAAAUGCAGAUAAAGGUGGGAAUGAUUUAUUUGCUGAUGUUUUGAAAUCAAAACUUACAAGGGAACAAGUAGAAGAGGAAUUAUUAGAUAAACUCCAACGUCAUUGUCCGGCGAAGAUGUGUCCACUAGCUGGUAGUUCGAUUCAUAUCGAUAAACAAGUUUUAAAACUUCAAAUGCCGAAAGUUCACGAUUAUUUACAUUAUAGAAUUAUCGAUGUCAGCUCAUUUCAAGCGGUAAUGAGAAGAUGGGCACCUUGGAUUGAAAUGAAAAUUAAGAAAAAUUUGGCUAAACAUGGUCAAGAAACGGUUAAUCAUCGAGCAAUGGAUGAUAUUGAAUGGUCAAUAUCGUUCAUGAAAGAAUUUCGAGCAUUUCUAACUAAAUCAAAGUAUGUUGAUUUAUUUCAUGGUUUAAACAGAAAAAUUAAACGGAAUCCAAGCGAGCUGCGAUAA